AUGCAGAACCUAAUGACUACAACUUCCCAGUCGUUUCUACACCACGGGGAAGCUUUGAGGAUAAACUCGAUGAGUUUCACAAGUCUAAUGCUGACUUGUUUGCAGACGACAGGAGCAGAGAAUCUGACUCGUCGCGCAGCGAUAGAGACAGACACCGCAGGCGCCGACACUCGCAUGUGUCACAACGUUCUGAAGGCAGCCGCGGUGAAGAAGACCGAGAGCGAAGACAUCGCACCGAUGAAGAGAGGCGAGCUCAUCGACCUCGAGAUGACGAUGAGAGCCGCCGUCACCGAUAUUCGCAUCGCGACGAUGAAUCUCGGCAUCGUCGUCACCGUGACGAAGAAGAAAUGCCCCCUCGUGACUCUCGUGGUGAGGGCGAUGCCAAGUCCAGAAGCUCUCAUGGAUCUGAAGAAUCGAAAAUUAAGGGCUAUCGCCGCGACGAAGACUUACGACCACGCGAAUCCCGCAAGGUUGAAGAGCCUGCUUCACGUAGCCUCCCUCAGGAAGACGAGGGCAGAGAGCGUAGAAGGCGAUCUUCUCAUGCUCACCGUCGCCAUCGAGCCGAUACGGCUGCGGCUGAGUCAGGUGCGCGCGAUACGUCUCCUAGAACACCCAGACGAGACAGUGGUUUCUCUGCCGAUAACAGUUCUGGAAGUUCUGGCCGCAAACGUCGCACGGCAGAUGAACAGGCCACCCAUGAUAGACGCAAAGCAGAAAGGUCAGAGCGACGAACACGAGAGGAAAAUGAACGAAGACGCGAGCCUACACGCUACCACCAGUCAAGGCAAGAAGAAAAUGAUAAAGAGAGGGAGAGAGAAAGGCGAAGCAAGGGCAAAGAGCCCGCACGUGAACCAGAACCCGAGCGUGAGCCAUUUCCAGAGAUAG